AUGGUUUCAUUGUACAAUAUGGACAGUAGUAAUAUAUCGCCAAUGGCCACUCAUAUGCUAUUAUCUAAAUCAACUAAUCCGUUGUUAGUACCCGGCCAUCAUCAUCAUCCUCAUUUUCAACAUUAUAAUAUGAGUCCUCAAUCACCACAUCAUUUGUCAUCAAAUGGUCCACCUCAUCUACAAUUAAACAUUCCACCUAGUUGGAAUAGUCCAUCAUCAAACUCUAUGUCACAUCAUCUUCAUCAUUUAUCGUCGCAACAAAACAAUAAUUGUAAUUCGAAUUCGAACAAUAAUAAUAAUUCAUCGCUCGGACCAAAUUCAAACUCGAGUACAUUAUCGUCAUCAGGUGGCGAUAAAGAUGAGAAUGAUCAAAAUUCCAGAGACCAUUUAUCAUCACCCGGUUCUCAAGGAAGUAAACCAGGCGGUAGUGCUAAUGGAAAACAGACAGAUGAUCGUGUUAAACGACCAAUGAAUGCGUUUAUGGUAUGGUCAAGAGGUCAACGACGAAAAAUGGCACAAGAAAAUCCAAAAAUGCAUAAUUCAGCCAUAUCAAAAUGUUUGGGAACUGAAUGGAAAGGACUCAAUGAAGAAGAUAAAAGACCAUUUAUUGAUGAAGCAAAACGUUUAAGAGCAAUACAUAUGAAAGAACAUCCUGAUUAUAAGUAUCGUCCAAGACGUAAAACGAAAAAUAUGUUAAAAAAAGAAAAAUAUCCCGUACAUCAUGGAAAUUCAGCAAGUUCAGCAGCAGCAGCCGCUCAAUUAGCUUCGGCUCAAUUAUCAGCACAACGUGCACAAAUGUAUGUAAAUCCGUAUGAUUGUAAUUACGGAUCAAUGAUUGAUCAACAUGCAAUGUAUACACAAUAUCCUCAAAUGUAUAGUUAUCAUCACAGUGCACCAUCAACCAGUCCUCAUUUACCACCACCUCAAAGUACUUCACCAACAUCACAGUAUGCAGCUGCUGUCAUGAAUGGUUAUCCAUAUGGACCACAUGGCGCAGCUUAUAUGUCACAUGCGAUUAAAUCGGAAUCAACAUCACCACAAAGGCGACCAUUAUCCAAUGAUGGUAUUUCGAUGAUGUUUUAUCAACAAGAUCCAAUACAACAACAAUAUCAACAACAUCAUAAUGUUUCAUCGCCAACCGAUCCUAAUUUACAACACAUGUAG